AUGAAGAUCAUCGAACUCGUCAUCGAUGGCUUCAAGUCCUAUAGCCAGAGAACGGUCAUUUCUGGCUGGGACCAAAGUUUCAAUGCCGUUACCGGACUCAACGGGUCUGGAAAGUCCAACAUUCUCGAUUCCAUCUGCUUCGUCCUCGGAAUUACGAACAUGUCGACCGUUCGAGCGCAAAAUCUCCAAGAUCUCAUCUACAAACGCGGUCAAGCGGGCGUGACGAAAGCCAGUGUGACCAUUGUAUUCGACAACAGCGACAAAAGCACCAGUCCGAUCGGUUUUGAAGAGUAUGGGCAAAUCAGCGUGACUAGACAAAUUGUCAUGGGUGGGACGAGCAAAUAUCUCAUCAAUGGCCACCGGGCGCAGCAGACAACCGUGCAAAAUCUCUUUCAAAGUGUCGGGCUGAAUAUCAACAACCCCAACUUCAUCAUCAUGCAGGGGCGAAUCACCAAGGUGUUGAAUAUGAAAGCAGCUGAAAUUCUGGCCAUGAUCGAAGAAGCGGCGGGAACCCGCAUGUUUGAGGACAGGAAGGAAAAAGCCGUCAAGACGAUGGCCAAGAAAGAGAUGAAAGUGGUAGAGAUUGAAGGGCUCCUCAGAGAAGAAAUCGAACCCAAGUUGGACAAACUUCGAGGCGAGAAGCGAGCAUGGCUGGACUAUCAAAAAACACAGAGCGAACUGGAACGUCUGACUCGAGUCGUCGUUGCGGCCGACUACGUUCGAGCCGGAGAAAAGAUGAAGAGCGCGUCUGAAGAGCACGACGCAAAACGAGCCAAAGUCCAACAUUUAGAGGAGAAUGCUGUUAAGCUGAAACGCGAAAUGGAGAACCUCGAGGAAGACGCGCAGAGGGUUAGAGCAGUUCGGGAGAAGGAGAUGCGUAAGGGGGGCCGCUUCCAAUCGAUAGAAGCUCAAGUGAAGGAAUUCAGUCAUGAGCUGGUACGACUGGCAACUGUGCUCGACUUGAAGCAGUCAAGUGUGGUGGAAGAAGAGCAGAAGAAGAAAGAAAUCGCCAAAAAUGUCAAGAACCUUGAAAAGCAAGUCAGUGACAAAACGGCCAACCUGGAAAAGCUUCAGUCACGAUGGGACAGCGCAAAGUCGGACCAUGAAGCCCAAAACCUGGAAGUGGAGAAAAAGGAAGAGCUCCUUUCGACGUUGCAAACUGGUGUCACGUCGCGAGAGGGCCAGGAAAGCGGUUAUCAAGGACAAUUACAGGAAGCGCGCAACCGACUGACCGCAGCUGGUACUGAACAAGAACAAGCCAAGUUGAAAAUCUCGCAUCUCGAAAAAAAGAUCAAAGAGGACGAACCCCGCGCCAAAAAGGCACGAGAAGAGAAUGCCGACCUCCUGAAGGGCCUUGAGGUUCUUCGUCGUCAAGCUCAGACACUGGAGAACGAAUUGCAACAGUCGGGCUUCGAAGCUGGCCGAGAGGAAAACAUGCGGGAGCGGGAAGCUUCACUGCGGAAGACCGUCCAGGCGCUAACACGAGAGGCCGAUGAACUGAAGCGCAAAGUGGCCAACGUCGAUUUCCACUUUAGCGAUCCUUCUCCCAACUUUGAUCGGUCGAAGGUCAAAGGCCUCGUUGCCCAACUCUUCACGCUGGACAAGGACAAAUCCAUUGCCGGCACCGCUCUCGAAAUCUGUGCGGGCGGCCGGCUGUACAAUGUCGUGGUUGACACAGCCGAGAUAGGUACACAACUGCUGCAGAACGGAAAGUUGAAAAAGAGAGUGACCAUUAUUCCGUUAAACAAGAUCUCCGCUUUCAGAGCAUCGGCCGAAAAGGUUGGGGCGGCACAACGAAUAGCACCAGGUAAAGUCGACCUUGCACUCUCACUGAUCGGAUACGAUCAUGAAGUUUCGGCAGCGAUGGACUAUGUCUUUGGUACCACCUUGAUCUGUCAGGAUGCGGAAACCGCGAAGAGGGUCACCUUCGAUCCCGCGGUCCGACUCAAGAGUGUGACUCUCGACGGAGAUGUCUAUGAUCCGUCUGGUACACUCUCGGGAGGCAGUUCCCCGAAUUCCAGUGGCGUCCUCGUCAUCCUGCAAAAGCUGAAUGAAGUAACGAAGGAGCUUCGGCAAAAUCAAGCGGAACUCCAGCAACUUCAAGACACCAUGAAGAAGGAACAGAGCGAAUUAGCCAACAUCAAGACCGUCAAACAAGAGUUGGACCUCAAAACACACGAAAUCAAACUCGCGGAAGAACAAAUCUCGGGAAAUUCAUCGUCGUCCAUUAUCCGAGCGAUCGAAGAGAUGAAGGCAUCCAUUGCUCAACUCAAGGAAGACAUGUCCAAUGCAAAGACCAGACAAGCAGAAGCGGCCAAAGAUGUCAAGCGAAUCGAGAAGGACAUGGAAGACUUCAGCAAGAACAAAGACAGUAAGCUCCAGGAGCUUGACAAGUCACUCACCGAGUUGAAGAAGUCACUCAGCACGACCUCGGCCGCCAUCAAGUCACUGCAGAAGGAACUGCAAGAUACCCGGAUCGACUGCGAGCAGGCGGAGAGUGAUCUGAGUGCGGCCCAGGAGCAGCUUGCGGAGGCGGACCAUGCCAUCGACACGCAGAAGAAUGAGCUUCAAGCGCUUCGAGAGGAAGAAGCCGGCGUCAAGAGCAGACACGAGAUGGGCCAAGCCGAACUGGCGGAUGAACAGGCAAAGCUGACAGGAUUCGAUGAUGAACUACGCGAACUGGAACAAACCAAAUCCAAAAAGUCCAAGCAGAUAACCGAGGAAGCACUCGAAGCUCAGAAACUCGGACACGCCGUGGAGAAGGCUCAAAAAGACGCUCAAGCAGCCGCACAGUUUGUCGCAGCACUGGAAAAGGAACAUGACUGGAUUGAGGACAACAAGGACCAGUUUGGACGGGCGGGCACCCCUUACGAUUUCCAGGGCAAGAAUUUGGCCGAGAGUCGAGCGACAUUGAAGAACGUCACUGAAGUUUUCCAAGGCAUGAAGAAAAAGAUCAACCCCAAGGUUAUGCCCAUGAUCGAUAGUGUCGAGAAGAAAGAGGCCAGCCUGAAGAAUAUGUUGCGGACGGUCAUCAGAGACAAGAAGAAGAUCGAAGAGACCAUCAGCACGCUUGAUGACUAUAAAAAGGAGGCUCUUUUGAAGACGUGGCGCAAAGUGACGGAAGACUUUGGAAACAUUUUCUCCGAUCUCUUGCCGGGAAACAACACGGCGAAGCUGGUGCCUUUGGAUGACAACAUUGACCGAAUUCAAGAAGGAUUGGAGGUCAAGGUCUGUUUGGGAAAGAUUUGGAAACAGAGUCUCACAGAACUCUCCGGUGGCCAAAGAUCUCUGAUUGCUCUGUCUCUCAUUCUGGCGCUAUUGCAGUUCAAGCCAGCCCCCAUGUACAUUCUGGACGAAGUGGAUGCCGCUCUGGAUCUCUCGCAUACCCAGAACAUUGGCCGCAUUAUCAAGACCCGAUUCAAAGGAUCACAAUUCAUCGUCGUCAGUCUCAAAGAUGGCAUGUUCCAGAAUGCAAACCGCGUCUUCAGGACCAGGUUCAGCGAGGGGACGAGUGUGGUUUCCGUCAUGACACCGGGAGAACUGAAGGGAUGA